AGACGUGCUCGAGGACACUUGCUCUCGGCGGACAUACUAGCAGCGCCCUUGCCAUUUAGUUACAAGGAUACUAACUUGGUGUUCGAUGGGACUUCUGACCCGUCGAGGCACGCGAGAACAUUCGAAAAUAUGGCUGUGUUGCACGGAUAUAAAGACCCCGUUAGUUACAGGGCAUUUCUAUCGAGCCUCAGGGAAGACGCCCUCGAUUGGUUCCAGCAACUUCCUCCGGGCUCGAUCACAGACUUUGUGGAUUUCGUGGAGAAGUUAACGAAUCAAUACUCAAGCACGGUGGCUCAGGAGAAGACGUACUUAACCCUGAUGGCGAUGAGAAAAGGCGAGAAGGAGUCACUGCGCAAAUACGUAGCCCGAUACAAUCAAGUUUGUUUGGAAAUUCCGUCGGCGGUCGAUGAGGUCAAGGCGGGAGGAUUGAUUAGGAGUUUGCAGGCAGGACCAUGUCGGACCUCUCUGGCUAAGACCCCUGCUCAUACAUAUGAUGAGGUGUUGAGGAGGUGUAGGAAAUAUAUUAAUCUCGAGGAGACUGAGGCGGAGUUUGCAAAACUAGAGGAGUUGGGUCGAGGGGAGUUGAAGAAGGAGAAAGCAGUUUCGCCUAAGAGGAGAGCCUCGCCCAGGAGAGAGGGGCGAGCUAAACAGGAUCUGGGACGAGAGGACAGAUGGAAGGACCGGCUUAUCUCUGGGGGGAAAAGAUUCCAUGAUUAUACCCUGUUAAACGCAAAGGUAGCCGAGGUCUUAAUGGCUAUGAAAAAAGGGAUAGAUGGGAAAGAGGUGACAUGGCCGAGGUCGAGGUUCGAAGGGCCAACUCAACCGAAGUCGAGGAGAUAUUGCCGCUUCCAUAAAGACUAUGGCCAUACUACUGAGGAUUGCCGACACCUGAAAGACGAAAUCGAGCGCCUUAUUCGAGCAGGGCAUCUCAAGGAGUUUGUCUAUCAGGAUAAGGUGAGGGGGAAGGAGAAGAGGAGGUGUCGGGAGCAAUCGGUGGAGAGGAGCGAUGAAGAUGAUGAUGUGGAUCCACAAGGUGGUCGAGAGGGUCGAAAAAGAGAUGAAGGGAAAAGGAGGCAAGGAAGUAGGGAGCGAGAGAGACAAGGAGAUGGAGGCCAAGUGAAGAGGGGCACGAUAUAUAUGAUUUCAGGAGGACCAAUGGAUGGAGACUCGAAUAAUGCGAGGAGGGGUCAUGUUCGAGCAAUAAAGAGGAAAAGGGAGGAGGUGGGUAUCACAGCCCGAGUACCAGAAAUUAGUUUUCGAGCAGAGGAUGCAGCAGGGGUGGUGAUACCUCACAAUGAUGCCUUGGUGUUUACGGCGGAAGUUACUG